AUGGAGACAUCUACCAACACCAUCAAACCUGCCUUUGCUGUUGUACUCGCUACUGCUGUGCCUGGUCCCUCUGUGCCUCCUCCCUUGUUGUCUCUGCCUCUCUACGCUCUCCCCCACCCACCUGCCUCCUCCCAUCCCCUCUCCCCAACCCCAAACCCCCCAGCACCCUCGCCCUAUCCCCCCCCUCCAUACCCUCCCCUCUUAACCCCCGCGCUCCCGCAGUCGUGUCCCCCGCCACCUCCUCUCUCCCUCUCUCCUCGAACCAGCUCGCACCCAAGGGCUGGGUCGCCCCCUGGACCCAGAGCCCGACCUGACCUUGCUGACCAUCCCGCUGCUACCCCUGUUGUCCCCUCUCCUCUACCCCACUCGCCGGCCUCUCCUGCCCCUGCUGAACCUCCUGUUGCUGGCUGUGCUGUCCUCUCUACUCUCCCCCACCAACCUGCCCCUCCUGCCAUUGCUGGCCAUGCUGUUGCUGUUGCUGCUGCCGCUGCUGUCCCCUCUCCUCUCCCCUAG